CAGUCGUCGCGAGUAUAGCCGGGUUUAGGUGUAGAGAAGCAAGUCAGUACAGCAGCGGCGGCGCUCGUUGUCGUUGGUUUCCUGUCCACGGCCACCCGAUCGGCUCGUCAUCGGCAACUCAUUGACUCGUCGAUUCACGUGCGUCCGGCUCGUGCGUAACUACGACAAAAAAUACAUAUUAUAAGUAUUUUUCCACGCACAUCUGAUUGCCGAUCUCACUUACACCCCCAACCUUGUGCCCGUGUGUGCAACUACUAACGAUCACAACCACAACACACAUACAUCAUAGUCACCCGCGUUAACGAGCAAACUUUUGUCACGCGUGCUUUAUUGUACACUCACAUUCGCGUUUCGUGUUCGCAAAAAUAUCAAGUAUACCGAUUUUACGAGCAGUGGCGACAAUAAUUCAUUAAUAGGUGGAUCUGGAAGGACUCUAGCGGCUUGUAUACAUAAUCAUUGUGUGCUGUACACGUGUAGGAUUUAAGCCGGCCGGCGAAUACAAAAUAUACCUCGUGCCCGCAGUGCUCCGUUGUACCUACAUAUAUAUAUAAAUAUAUAGAUACAUUGAUAGAUCAUCCACACCUACACUAUACUUGGCCAAUAGUAGCGGCACAUCAGUAAAUACACAUUGGGAAGGAACUGCCGGAGCCAUGGCGAUCGCUGAAACGACAAGUAAAGACGAGGAUUGCGGCACUCCGUUGAAACAACAGCAGAACGGCCAGUCCGUCAAGGAGCACAUCGCCCUCAACGAUACCAACGAUACGGCCGAGGAGGAUUUCGUGGAGGUGGAGGUGUCCGUGCCGCCCGACGGUGGUUGGGGCUGGGUGGUCGUCGCGGCGUCCUUCAUGUGCAACCUCGUGGUCGACGGGAUAAUGUUCAGCUUUGGCGUUUUUCUCAAAGAAAUGUCCCAAGACCUGCAAGUGUCGCCGUCCAAGGUCGCCCUCGCUGGCUCCCUCCAAACGGGCUUCUAUCUCUUAGCCGGACCAUUCGUUUCGGCACUGGCGAACAAGUUUGGCUUCCGUUUGGUCGCCAUACUCGGCAGCGUCAUAGCCAGCCUCGCUUUCGUGCUCUCGUACUUUGUCACCUCCAUCGAAGUCAUGUGCUUGACCUACGGUGUACUGGGAGGCAUCGGCGCCGGCUUGAUAUACGUCCCGGCGGUGAUAGCUGCGGGCUACUACUUUGAAAAGUUGCGCGGCCUCGCGACUGGGAUAUCCGUGUGCGGUUCUGGAAUCGGUGCGUUCGUCCUGUCACCGAUCGCCGUCAUACUCAUCGAGAAGUACGGAUGGCGCAAGGCCAUGCUCUGCCAAGGCGGUCUGCUGUUGAACUGCGCGAUAUUUGGAAUGACGUUCAAGCCGGUAAAGCCAACGAGAGUCAAGAUACCCAAGGACGCGGACAUCCAUGUACAAACGACGGCUACGACGACUGCGACGACCACCGCCGGCCGGUUACUCGGGACCAACAACAACGCCGACUAUCCAACCGCCGGCGAGGCCAUACGCGACAGUAACCCCAACAUCAUAAACGGUACAAGCAAGUCGCUGCACUCGUUGCACAGGAUCCAAGAGGUGUACGUCAUCGAGAGACAAGUGAGCACCUCGGAGAAGCAGCUCUCGGUGCCCAUUUACCCCGAGCUCCGGCUGACCACCGACGAGGAGCUCAAGCUCGAGGAGGAGAACAACCUGCUCGACGGCGACGCGGAACGACUCAACGGCAAAGUACCCACCAUACGCAGACACACGAUGAGCACUCGGCGCAGUCGGGCCGACUCGGUGACCAGCCACAAAUCGUUCAAGCAGCUGGACAAGCGUCGCGGCUCCCGGGACACGCAGAGGCCCUUCUACAGGGACGACAUAUUUUACGGCGGCUCCCUCAACAGACUGCCCCACUACAGAUCUCAGCCGUCUUCGGUGGGCUACCACAUGUCGGUCACCAGACUACCGACCGCCCAGGAUCUGGCCGAGGAGGAGGAGGGCAGGAGCUUCAACUUUUGCCCCGAGAGCGUCAAGAGGAUCCUCACGACGAUGCUCGACAUAAGUUUGCUCAAAAAGCCGAGCUUCGUCAUUCUGUCGAUAAGCGGCUGUUUGACGAUGAUGGGCUUCUACACGCCCUUCGUUUUCGUCAAGGACCGAGCCCUCGAGUCGGGAGUCGACUCGAACAGCGCCAUGUUCCUGGUGUCGAUAAUCGGUAUCGGCAACGUCAUCGGCCGUUUGGUGUUUGGCGGGGUCGUCAGUCUACCGGGCAUCAACGCCCUCGUGGUCAACAACGUGUUCAUCACCCUCAGCGGCCUCCUCACCAUGUUCUCCGGUUUCUCCAUGACCAAGGAGUACCAAUUCUUCUUCUCCGCGGCCUUUGGCCUCAGCGUCUCCGUGUUUGCCGCACUAAGGUCGCUGAUAAUCGUCGAGCUGUUGGGCCUCGAGAAACUGACCAAUGCCUUUGGCCUCGUACUUCUGUUCCAGGGCGUGGGCGCCACCGUGGGCGCGCCUCUUGCUGGUGCCCUCAAGGACAUGACCGGCAGUUACGACGCGUCGUUCUACUUUGCCGGGAUACUCAUCGUCAUCUCGGCCGUUAUAUGUUACCCGCUGAACCGGCUCAAUUUGUCCGAAAAGGAGAAGGAAAGCGAUCAGGAAGCUUUCAAGCCCGCGAAAUCGUGAUUACUUUGUUACUAUUUUUUUUUCUCCUUGUUUUUGUUGAUUUUGUGUGCAUGACAGUGGUAGGUAAGUAUGAGAGAGAAAAAAAAAGAAGAAAAAGAAAAAAAAAAAAAAAAACUGCUUUGUACGCGUGUACGAUUGAGUGCCAUCGUUUACACGCUGUAGCUUUGUAUAAAAGCGCGUCGCUAACGCAACAAGUCCCAGAUAUACAAGAGAAUAUUUUGUAAAAUAGGUCCCGUUGAAUUUUAACCUCGUGAUAAGAAUGUGUUUUUUUUUCUUCCAUUAAAUCAUCAGUGAUAUCGAAAUUUGGAUAAACAAAUGUGCCACGUAUAUAAAUAUGUAUGCCUUAUGAGAUCUCGCUGAUCAAUCUGAUGUUGAUUGCGAUGGUGAUUAUGAAUGUUAUACAUGUACUCAAUAUCGUUAUUUACGAAUUCCAAGUGCCAUUAGUCACUGCGAUACUUUCCUAUAUACUAUAUAAUAUACAUACAUGUGUUAUAUAUGUAUAAAUAGCACUGUUUUGCAGCAUAUAUCUUGCGCAGGUGUCGUUUUGUUGGAUAAUUUUAUAUACCGAUUUUGCUAUUGCGAGUCGUUUUGUACAGACAGAUGGACCCUUUGCUGGGUUACAAUAUUCCGUGAAUAAGAAAUUUCGAAUGAAAAUGUCGUUGGUUAAUAAGUUGUAUAGCUGGCCACGGUCAGAAAAACAAUUUCACAAGGAAUCAACACAUUUGAUAAGAAGUAAUGCAGAUCGAUGUGAAUAUUGUGUACGUUACAAAUUUGCGUAUGAUUAAAAAAAAAGUACCAGUCACACAGCCGUCCGUCUGAUAUUUUAACAUUGGAUUGCAGGGUAACUAGAUUAAUAUUAUUAUUAUUGUAUUUUCUACUAGGUACUAUAAAAAAUAUACUCAAAAUCGCGUCGUGAAAAUAUAAGUUUUGAAAGAGCUGGGAGUCCGAAGAGCACGACCGAUCUCUUUUACUCGCCAUAAUACAUAUUAUAAUAUACGUUACUGCAGCGUAACUAUAUAUGACUUGUAACCCUAUAUAAAUAAUAUCCAUGCGUAUGUAUGUGUAACGGUAAUAAUCGUGUAAUAUAAGCAAGGCGAAUCAGUGGGUGAUUGCAAACACCUAUCGUAAUCAUGUACCACUUACGCUUCGCCAAGAGUGAAAAAAAUAUUUCAAGUGAAACGUAAAAGUUACCAUUACAAAUACAUAUAGAAAUAGGUAAUACCUAUUCAUAAAAAUACUAUGCGGUUUUCACCGCGUGUAUUAUAAUGUAUCGUCGUUUGAUUGACAGUAAGUAGGUAGGCGCGUCACACGCGGAAUUUUUUGUUUUGUUUUUAUUUUCUUAAGAAUCAGUAGUUGUGUAAAGAUAAAAAGACACGAUCGUGACACGUUGUUUCACAUUGUUGAUUUUAAGCGUGUACAUAAUAUUAUGCUGUAUAUGUGAAAUGCACUUAUAUAUAUAGUUAUAGUAUAGUCGCUCGAUUUGUGCAACUUAACGUUACGCGACGUGCGCUAUAUGUGUGUCUGUGUUAGAUAAGUCGUACAUAUACAUAUAAGUUUAAGCGUCAUAAGUCUUGUUACAUUUUACAUGUGCCUUUAUAUGUGUGCUUGUGUGUGCAGACACGUCGAAACCUAUUAUUAUAAUAUACCAUCCGCCUUACGUAUACACUUUCGAAUGUGUGUGUAUAUAUAUAUAUAUUUAUACGAUGUCGCUGGCCGCAAAUUAUCGCGUCUUCGCGUUGACGUAUUAAAGAUGUAUAGAACGUAUUCGAGUGCUCGAUGUAUGUAUAAAUUAAUUUCUAUAAUUAUAUCGCGCUAUCAAGCGUUAAGUGAACAAUGUCUCGGGUGUCUCCGCACGCAGAACAAUAAUAUACAUUGAAUAGUUGUAUGUAAAUUCGUUUUUAGUAAUAUUGUAUGUUCUAAGUAUCGAGAUUUAAUGUAUACAUGUAAGUCGUUUGGAAGAAAAAAAAAAAAAAAAAAAA